GACUUGACAGCCAACAAGAGGUAUGUCAGUUAGCUUUUCACUUUUCGUUUGAACAGUGUGAAAUACCCCCUUCUAAGCUUUACAAUGAGUUUGCUUAAAGUUGCCGUUUUCGCCGCACUAGCUCUGUGUGCUAGCGCCGAGCCUAAACCAAACCCGGGAGUCCUGGCCGCUCCAGUAGCUCCAGUGGCUUACUCAGCUCCAUUUGUUCAGGCUCCAUUCUAUGCUAGGGCUUAUGCUUCACCAUUCGCCUAUGCCGCUCCAGUUGCCGCUGCUUACACCGCUCGUGCAGCCCCAGUUGUUGCUGCUUAUAGCGCUCCAAUCGUCGCUGCUCGUGCUGCCCCAGUCAUUGCUGCUCGUGCUGCCCCAGUCAUUGCUGCUCGUGCUGCCCCAGUCGUUGCCGCUGCUGCCCCAAUUGUUGCUGCUCGUGCUGCCCAAGUGGUUGCUGCUCCCGUUCAGGCUGAGUUCACCGAUGCUUACCCACAGUACCAGUAUGCUUACAACGUUCAGGAUACUCUGACCGGUGACUCCAAGACUCAGGAAGAGACUCGUGAUGGCGAUGUUGUCAAGGGAUCGUACUCCCUGAUCGAACCUGACGGCAGCCGUCGUAUUGUCAACUACUACGCUGACCCAAUCAACGGAUUCAACGCUGUUGUGCAGAAGGAUGUCCCAGUUGCCGUUGCCACCCCAGCCGUUGCUGUGGCCGCCAAGACCGUUCUUGUUUAAGCAGAUAGCACGUCUCCGUUGUAGCGAUGAUUAGAAUCUGUCUAAAUAUGCUGUGUAUAUAGGACCAAUUCCCGAGUGUAAAUAGUCAUUAGGACUCCAGUGCCACCAUCAUUGUGCAACUUUAAGCAAUCACUCAUCUGUACAUAAUUUCCACUGCAAAAAAACAUUUGUUGCUAAAAGACAUGCACAUUGUACAGCCUCGUUUUAGAUAAUAAAAUCAAAAUUGCAACGCUUGUUAAAUGAAGAAUA